AGCGUCUGUUUAAAUUUAAUGUUUAUUGCAUUUACUCCACAUAACUGAAUAUACAGUUGACGUUGUUUGAGCUUGUUUUUCGGGGAAUUAUUCAAUAACAACAAUGAUUGAAAAAAGAUUAAUUUUGUCAAUUUUCUUUGCGGUUGUAGUUAUGGCAUCUAUGGCAGACAAGAUUGAGGAUUGGAAAGACCAAAUGAAAAAGCUUCAAGGAAAAUGCGCAAAACAGUUACAAGUAGAUGAAGCUUCAAUUGAAGAAUUACUGAAGUCUACUACUGUUGACGUGUCGAGUAGCGAUAUACAGAAAGUUAUUUACUGCAUCGUAUUAGAAAUUGGAUUCAUGGACGCAAAUGGAAAUCUUGGGGUGGCAAAAGUUGAGGAACAUUUGAAAGGUCUUGGUUUAGAUGACAAAACUAUAAAGGAAGUAAACGAUAAAUGUAACAGUAUAGAGAAAGUUGCUGAUAAAAAUGUGUUAGUAGGUCGUUACUAUAAAUGUUACGAGGAAAAUUUACCAAGAAAAUAUCUUGUUCUUUGAAUAUAAUGCUUUUCCGUAUUCAGUUUUCACUGUGAUUGCAAAAUAUAUGACUUCAUAUUGUUA